CCACGGGGAGGGGUAGAGGCGGCGGCGGCGGCGCAUGCGCGGGCGGCCUGUGAGGUCCUGGCCCGGUCCCGGCGAGCCCGGCGCGGUGCGGAGGGAGCGGAGCGGCGGCCGGAGCGGCCGCGGCCCGAGCACGAGCGCGCCGGCCCGGCGAGGGCUGCGGCGUGGGACGCUGGUGCCUGCCGCUGGCUCCCUGGCAGCGGUGGCACGAGGAGCCGGGCUGGACGACCUCUCCGCGCCCCGGCAGCGCCGGCGGGACAGGGCAGAGACACGCGCCUGAGUGUUUUGUUCGCCGUUGGGCCUUGAUUAGCAGCUUGGCGGCUGGACAAUUAAAAUGCAGCGCUGGGGCAUGGCUGUCAAUGUGUACUCGACGUCGGUGACCAGCGAGAACCUGAGCCGCCAUGACAUGCUCGCCUGGGUCAACGACUCCCUCCAGCUCAACUACACCAAGAUCGAGCAGCUCUGCUCAGGGGCUGCCUACUGCCAGUUCAUGGACAUGCUGUUUCCCGGCUGCGUCCACCUGCGGAAGGUGAAGUUCCAGGCCAAGCUGGAGCACGAGUACAUCCACAACUUCAAGGUGCUGCAGGCCGCCUUCAAGAAGAUGGGAGUGGACAAAAUCAUCGCAGUGGAGAGGCUGGUGAAGGGCAAGUUCCAGGACAACUUUGAGUUCAUCCAGUGGUUUAAGAAGUUCUUUGAUGCCAACUACGAUGGGAAGGAGUACAACCCGCUGCUGGCGCGGCAGGGCCAGGACGUCGCGCCCCCCCCAAACCCAGGUGAUCACAUCUUCAACAAACCCAAGAAACCCAUUGGCACUGCAGUCCCUCAGAGGACCUCUCCCACCGGCCCCAAGAACACGUCAAACCCAGCCCGCCUCACCAACGUCCCCAGCAGCAUCCUCCGGAAAAACUCUCCUGCCACCCGCAACGGGGGCACUGAGGCUGAUGCGCAGAUCCUGGAGCUCAACCAGCAGCUAAUGGACCUGAAGCUGACGGUGGAUGGGCUGGAGAAGGAGCGGGAUUUCUACUUCAGCAAACUGCGGGACAUCGAGCUGAUCUGCCAGGAACAUGAGAACGAGAACAGCCCCAUCAUCACCGGCAUCGUCAGUGUCCUCUACGCCACAGAGGAGGGCUUUGCCCCACCAGAGGAUGACGAGCUGGAAGAGCAACACCCAGAGGACCAGGAUGAGUACUAGACCCGGCACGCUCCCACGCCACCCCGCGCCGUUCCCCCACCAUAGACAUUUUGAGGUCUGAGCCUGUGCGCCUCGCCCUGCACUGUCCACAUGCCAUCACGGUCUCCAGCAGCUGAGCCCGCGGCCUCACUGGUGGGAGGCCACCGUCUCCAUAAUAAAUAGAUGUCCAUCCAGCGAGGAGCACGGCUGUACCUAUGCCGGCAGGUGGGGACGGGCUCUGGCCGCCGUGCCCGGCCCUCGCCACCCCCACCCCGUAUUUAUUUCCGUUGACCCCUCCGAUGUGAGUGCUGCAGCCGCCCCGGUGUCCCUGCCUGCCCCGUUGUGUGAGAGCGAGAGGGAGAGAACCGAGUCCUCAGGGUGUUUUCCCCGGGGUGGAGUGCGCUCGUGCGCUGCCUGUGCUGCCUGCACCCUGCCAGCCCGGGGGGGCAGGUGGGCUGGAGCCAGCGGCCGCGGGACCACUGCCCGGGGGUCGGUGCCUGCCCGGCAGCCUGCGGGGGGGGGGGGGGAGGGGGAAGGGGGGGAUGCGGCUCGGACGAGGGAGGUUGUUGCUUCAGGUUCCUGGGAGGGUGGAAAAGAAACCCCAGUCCGGCUGACGACGUGGCCGCCUGCCUGCUCGGGUGGGUGCAGGCAGCGGUGGGGGGCACCUGGCCCCCGCGGGCCAGAAGACGGUCUGACCCCCCCCCCGCGGCGUGGGGACGGUGCCGUCCCUCUCCCCGCUGCGGAGCCCCCUUGCCCGUGGCCACUGAGGACCCCCCCGGGGCGCUGGGGUGGGUUUGCUGCCCGCCCUGGCCAUCGUCUCCCCGUUGCAUUGCUUGUCUGGUCCGUCACUCCGGUUGCAAAGCCUGCAUCUGUGUUAAGUUUUAUUUAAAAUAAACUCGUGUGGUAAAA